GCGUGUUUAAAGGGAGAACACUCCUUCCCCGCGUAGGUGGGGAGGAGACGCGGAGCCUGUGAGGUGAGCAAGAGGUAGCAGGAGGAGCGCAGGACCGGUGAGAGAGGAGCUCCAAACUCUGCUUAGCAACCUGAUCCUGCAGUAGCCCGCAGGGCGUUCCCGUGCUGCCUUCCCCCUCCCUCGGUCCGCCUGUAUCCCUGCAUUCCGUGCUGCAACAAGCGCGGCAGCUGCUGUAAAAGCAUCAUACCUCUAUCCUAUUCCAGAGCGAGCUCCUCGCUCGGUCUCUCCCUCCCUCCUCCCUCCCUCAUUCCCAGCAGCUUCCAGCCUCUCUGCAGCUUCGUUCGCUCAGUGGCUGGAGAGAGGAGGGGUGGUGGGGGGGGAAGAGGCCGCCAUGUUGGAUCCUGAGACUUCAGUAGCAGCAGCAGCAGCUUCUGCGUGAGGAGUGAAGGGAAAUUGGGGAAUGUGAAAGGUGACGAGGAGGGCGACGACGGCUCUGAAGACGACGAGAAGAAGAGGAAAGGGUGGGGGCCCCAAGUUAUCACCACGUUGUCCUCUUCCCCCGCCCCCCCGGCGAAGAUGCCCUAAGUAGAGACAGCAUCUCUUCGUCCCCUGGACUGGAAAAUAGCAGCAGCAUCCUCCUCCUCUGUAGGAAGGGAGGGAGGAGAGAGAGAAGAAAUAUCCUGACACCCUUAGUCCCCCCGUUCCACAAGACAAACAAGGAGCAGGAGGACACGCACCGACAUGGAGAGGAUUUGCCCGGAUUAUUAGCCCAGCCUUCUCUUAGUUGGACGUAUUGAUACUGAAGCACGGAGGGGGGUUUGUCUUAUUUCCCCUCCGUGUGCCCCCCCCCCAGCUUACGGGGGGCGAGGUUAAGGAAAUGAAGACCACGUUUAUUUUUGGUUAGCUGAAGAAGAACCUUCAGAAAAGACUUGAGAACGAAGGAAGGGAGAGCGAUCCUUCCAUAGACAGACAGCACUGAGGAGGGCUUUGCUUCUGGGGACUUUUCCUCCCCCCCCCGUCUCUUUUCCCCACCCCCACUCAUUGAAGAAUUGCCACUGAUGCAUUUUCCAAGGGGAGGUGGAGGUGGAGGUGGAGAUGGUGGAGGCGAAGGUGGUGGAGGCGGCGGCGGAUAUGUUCCAGCAUUAUACCUUCCAAAUCCUAUGCAUUUUGUUUUCUGCCUCCCCCCUUCUGCAAAUACCUUUCUUUCUGCUGCUGCUUUUUCCUUGAAAGUGAAUUGCUGAUGCAAAUUAAAUGGGGAUUUUACACUUUAAUGAUGCAGUAGGAUUCAUUUCGGGAUUAUGUUGCAUGAUCUGAAUUUUGAAUGAAGGAGGAGACCUUUUAAAAUCUAUAUAUAUGGGAGAAGAGUGGAUUCGCUCGGGUUGAAUUUCUUUUUAAUAUUAUUAUUAUUUUAUUAUUAUUUAAAUGCAUAAAGUAUAUAUUUUCCCUUCUUUUAAAUGUAUUAAAAGAGUUUUAGGGUAAUUAUUUUUCUGUAAUAUUCUGUAUAUAUUGUAUACGUGUGUGGAAAAACUGACCAAGAUAUAGUUCUCAGAGUGGGAAUUCUGAGAUGGAUUGUGCGUUCAGCAUCAUCCUGAAAGCACUGACUUCUGAAAAUACUUUAAAGAAUCUGUAAUACCUUCUAAUGCAUUAGAUUUCCUCAAUAAUAAUAAAUAAUAAUAAUAAUAAAGAAAGAAGCCCUGUUAAAAACUGAAGCAACCAUGUCUGGAGAGGUGCGCUUGAGGCAGCUGGAACAGUUUAUUUUGGAUGGGCCAACUCAGACAAAUGGGCAAUGUUUUAGUGUGGAAACCUUGCUGGAUAUACUCAUCUGCCUUUAUGAUGAAUGUAAUAAUUCACCCCUAAGAAGAGAGAAGAAUAUUCUGGAGUAUCUAGAAUGGGCCAAGCCUUUCACUUCUAAAGUGAAACAGAUGCGAUUACAUAAAGAAGACUUUGAAAUCUUGAAGGUGAUUGGCCGAGGAGCCUUUGGGGAGGUUGCAGUAGUGAAAUUGAAAAAUGCAGAUAAGGUAUUUGCCAUGAAAAUAUUGAAUAAAUGGGAGAUGCUGAAAAGAGCGGAGACAGCUUGUUUUCGAGAAGAGAGGGAUGUACUGGUGAAUGGAGAUAACCAAUGGAUUACAACAUUGCACUAUGCCUUCCAAGAUGAAAACUAUUUAUACCUGGUUAUGGAUUACUAUGUUGGUGGAGAUCUGCUUACUCUGCUCAGUAAGUUUGAGGACCGGUUACCUGAGGAGAUGGCUCGCUUUUAUUUGGCUGAAAUGGUGGUAGCAAUUGAUUCUGUACAUCAACUACAUUAUGUCCACAGAGACAUCAAACCGGACAACAUCCUAAUGGAUAUGAAUGGACAUAUUCGGUUAGCAGAUUUUGGUUCUUGUCUGAAAUUGAUGGAAGAUGGAACGGUGCAGUCUUCAGUAGCAGUUGGAACACCAGACUACAUUUCUCCAGAAAUCCUGCAAGCCAUGGAAGAUGGAAAAGGGAAAUAUGGCCCUGAGUGUGACUGGUGGUCCCUUGGUGUUUGCAUGUAUGAAAUGCUUUAUGGAGAAACACCCUUUUAUGCAGAGUCCCUGGUGGAGACCUAUGGAAAGAUAAUGAACCACAAAGAAAGAUUUCAAUUUCCUCCCCAAGUGACAGAUGUGUCUGAAAAUGCCAAGGACCUAGUUCGAAGGCUCAUCUGCAGCAGAGAGCAUAGACUUGGGCAAAAUGGGAUAGAAGACUUUAAGAGCCAUCCAUUCUUUGCAGGGAUUGACUGGGAUAACAUUCGAAACUGCGAAGCACCUUAUAUCCCUGAAGUCAGCAGUCCAACAGAUACAUCAAACUUUGAUGUGGAUGAUGAUUGCUUAAAGAAUUCUGAGACGAUGCCCCCUCCUACACACACUGCAUUUUCUGGCCAUCAUCUGCCAUUUGUAGGAUUCACAUACACAAGUAGCUGUGUCCUUUCGGACCGCAGCACUCUAAGAUUUGCAGCUGGACAACCCACUAUGGACCUUGAUGCCAGUGUUCAAAGGACACUUGAGGAUACCUUAGCCACAGAAGCAUAUGAAAGACGAAUAAGACGCCUAGAGCAGGAAAAACUUGAAUUGAGUCGAAAACUUCAAGAAUCAACGCAAACAAUCCAGGCCCUGCAUUAUUCAACUGUAGAUGGUCCAUUGACAGUGAGCAAAGAUUUAGAAAUUAAAAGCCUAAAAGAAGAAAUUGAAAAGCUUAGAAAACAGGUGGCAGAUUCUGGACGACUAGAACAGCAACUUGAAGAGGCCAGUUCUGCAAGGCGAGAAUUAGAAGAUGCUGCCAGACAAAUCAAAAAUUUUGAGAAGCAAAUCAAAACACUCAAGCAAGAGCGGGAUGAUGUUAAUAAGGAAAUGAUUGAGUCAAGUGAGAGAUUAAAGACCCAAACCAAAGAACUGAAAGAUGCACAUAGCCAACGGAAACUGGCCAUGCAAGAAUUCUCUGAGAUGAAUGAACGACUUACUGAUUUGCAUUCACAAAAACAGAAACUUACCCGUCAGGUCAGAGAUAAGGAAGAGGAGAUGGAAGUGGUGAUGCAAAAGGUAGAAGGCUUGAGGCAGGAGCUACGCAGAACAGAAAGACUGAAAAAGGAACUGGAAGUACAUGCUGAAGCUGCAGCUGCUGAGGCAUCCAAGGACAGGAAAUUGCGUGAGCGAAGUGAGCAGUACUCUAAGCAGCUGGAAAAUGAGUUAGAAGGACUAAAGCAGAAACAAAUUGGUCGCUUCCCAGGGGUGAGCAGCACGGAACAUCAGCAAGAGAUCACCAAAUUAAAAGCUGACUUGGAAAAGAAAAGUGUUUUUUAUGAAGAGGAGCUAUCCAAACGAGAAGGAAUACAUUCAAAUGAAAUAAAAAAUCUGAAGAAAGAACUGCGUGAUGCUGAGAGCCAACAACUUGCUCUCAAAAAAGAGAUCCUGAUCUUGAAAGACAAGUUAGAAAAGACAAGGAGAGAAAGCCAAAGUGAAAGAGAGGAGUUUGAAACAGAGUUCAAACAAAAAUAUGAACGAGAGAAGAUUCUGCUGACCGAGGAGAACAAAAAGCUUUCCAAUGAGCUUGAUAAGCUUACAGCCAUGUUCGAGAGACUAAGUAUGAAUAACCGGCAACUGGAAGAAGAGAUGAGAGAUCUUGCUGACAAAAAAGAAUCUGUAGCGCACUGGGAGGCCCAGAUCACCGAGAUAAUCCAGUGGGUGAGUGAUGAAAAGGAUGCUCGGGGCUACCUUCAAGCCUUAGCUUCCAAAAUGACAGAAGAACUAGAGGCUCUGAGGAACUCCAGUUUAGGUGCAAGAGCAACAGACAUGCCCUGGAAGAUGCGCCGCUUUGCAAAACUGGAUAUGUCUGCGAGGUUAGAGCUGCAGUCAGCCCUUGAUGCAGAAAUACGAGCCAAACAAGCCAUUCAAGAGGAAUUAAAUAAAGUUAAAGCUUGCAAUAUUGCAACAGAAUGCAAGCUGCAGGAGUCUGACAAGAAGAACUCUGAACUGCUGUCAGAAAUAGAAAGACUGAAAAAAGAGACAGAAGACCUCAGAUCAGAAAAGGGUGUAAAGCACCAAGACUCACAGAAUUCUUUCUUGGCAUUUUUGAAUGCACCUACCUCUGCUCUGGAUCAAUUUGAAGAUUCCUUUUCUUCUUCAUCAUCCUCAUUGAUUGAUUUUAUGGAUGACCGCUCUCCUUCCUGUAUUCCAGCUCACAAAGGCAGACGUAUUGAUUCUGUUGAAAAUUUUACCUUAUCUAAUACGCCUUCACGGGAUGAAGAUAUCAAGUGUCACCUCCAUUCAAGAUCUAGGUCCCCUUCCACAGCUAGUGACAUUGAGCCAAUUGAGGUUUCAGAUCAUCCUCUACGUCCAGUUCACACACCAACCAUGAGAUCUCCAUAUAUUGGUUCAGGACUCUCUGUGCCAAAGCCUAAGGCCCAUCAGUUUGUAGUGAAAUCUUUUAAUACCCCUACAAAAUGUAAUCAAUGCACAUCUUUGAUGGUUGGCUUAAUAAGACAGGGUUGUACCUGUGAAGUGUGUGGAUUUUCAUGCCACGUGACCUGUGCAGACAAGGCACCAGCGGUGUGUCCUAUUCCACCUGAACAGACAAAGGGUCCUCUGGGGAUUGAUCCGCAGAAAGGCAUAGGAACUGCUUAUGAAGGGCAUGUCCGGGUCCCUAAACCAUCUGGAGUGAAGAAAGGCUGGCAGAGGGCACUGGCUGUUGUCUGUGACUUCAAGCUCUUCCUUUAUGAUAUAGCAGAAGGAAAAGCAUCCCAGCCCAGUGUGAUAGUGAGUCAGGUUCUUGACAUGAGGGAUGAGGAAUUCUCAGUGAGUUCAGUCUUAGCUUCUGAUGUCAUCCAUGCAAAUAGGAAAGAUAUUCCCUGUAUUUUCAGAGUUACAGCUUCCCAGCUAUCAGCAUCCAGUAACAAGUGUUCAAUCCUGAUCCUAGCUGACAGUGAGAAUGAAAAGAGCAAGUGGGUGGGAGUCCUGAAUGAAUUGCACAGGAUUUUGAAGAAGAACAAGCUGAAAGAUCGCUCAGUCUAUGUUCCCAAAGAGGCCUAUGACAGCACUUUGCCCCUCAUUAAAACAACCCAGGCAGCAGCAAUCAUAGAUCAUGAAAGAAUAGCCCUGGGCAAUGAAGAAGGGUUAUUUGUCGUGCAUGUCACCAAGGAUGAGAUCAUUCGUGUUGGUGAUAAUAAGAAAGUUCAUCAAAUUGAGCUCAUCCCAAAUGAACAGCUUAUUGCAGUCAUCUCAGGACGAAACCGUCAUGUACGCCUGUUCCCUAUGGCAGCUCUGGAUGGCCGAGAGACUGAGUUUUAUAAACUGGCAGAGACAAAAGGUUGCCAGACUAUAGUUUCCGGACAAGUACGCCAUGGAGCCCUUACUUGCUUGUGUGUGGCGAUGAAAAGACAGGUUCUCUGCUAUGAACUAAACCACAGCAAGACACGUCACAAAAAGAUUAAGGAGAUCCAAGUGGCUGGGAAUGUCCAGUGGAUGGCAAUCUUUAGUGAGCGACUCUGUGUGGGCUACCAGUCAGGAUUCUUAAAAUACCCUUUGCAUGGAGAAGGAAACCCACAUAGUUUGCUUCACCCAGAUGAUCACACACUGUCAUUCAUUGCACAGCAGCCAACGGAUGCCAUCUGUGCAGUCGAGAUCUCAAAUAAGGAAUACCUGCUGUGUUUUAGCAGCGUGGGCAUUUAUGUGGACUGCCAGGGCCGAAGGUCUAGGCAACAGGAAUUGAUGUGGCCUGCAACUCCUUCCUCUUCCUGUUACAAUGCACCAUACCUCUCAGUAUACAGUGAAAAUGCUGUUGACAUAUUUGAUGUCAACUCCAUGGAGUGGAUUCAAACUAUUCCCCUCAAGAAGGUACGUCCUCUGAACACAGAAGGGUCACUAAACGUCCUAGGAUUAGAAACAAUUAGGCUAAUAUAUUUCAAAAACAAAAUGGCAGAGGGUGAUGAGCUGGUAGUUCCUGAGACAUCAGAUAACAGCCGGAAGCAAAUGGUCCGAAACAUCAACAACAAGCGGCGUUACUCAUUCAGAGUGCCGGAGGAAGAGAGGAUGCAACAGAGGAGGGAGAUGCUACGAGAUCCAGAAAUGAGAAAUAAAUUAAUUUCUAACCCAACUAAUUUUAACCACAUAGCACACAUGGGUCCUGGAGAUGGUAUACAGAUCCUCAAAGACCUGCCUAUGAACCUUCGACCUCAGGAAAGUCGGACCAUGUUUAGCGGUUCUGUCAGUAUCCCAUCAAUCACGAAAUCCCGCACUGAACCAGGACGAUCCAUGAGUGCUAGCAGUGGCUUGGCAGCCAGAUCAUCUGCACAAAAUGGCAGUGCUUUGCGGAGAGAAUUCUCAGGAGGUAGCUAUGGAGUAAAGCGGCAGCCAAUGGCAUCCCCUUCAGAUGGCUCUUUGUCCUCUGGUGGUUUGGACCAAGGCAGUGAUGCGCCAGCGAGGGACUAUGAGCGAGAGGACUCUGACUCUCCAAGACAUUCAACAGCUUCUAACAGCUCCAACCUGAGCAGCCCUCCCAGCCCCAUCUCUCCUCACAAGACCAAGAGCCUCUCCCUUGAGAGCUCUGACCACGUGAGUUGGGACACAUGAACUGCUUCGGCAUUCAGAUUUGAGAUCUCAGCAGCUUUUAUGGUCCCCAUGACUCUCCGUUUGCUCUCGCUGUCAUCACCCCCAGCAUCCCUCCAGAAACAAACUAUGGGAGGGGGAGGGAGGGGAAGAAAGAGAAUAGAUUUGCCUUCUCUGGCACAAAACGGCAUAACCUCACCACUCCCUCCCGCUUGUUCAAUAGUAGCAGCAAGCAAACCUUGGUGGAGGACAAGGGUGGGGGUUGAUAUCCAAGAGAUAUUGGUAUAUUUAUAUUAGUAUUGAUUUUAUUUCAUAGGAUUACAGCAGUUUCUUUGUUUAUGGGCAUAUUCAGCACCACUCCAAACCAAACACAGUAGUCAAAACAGACCAAAACAGAAGAUGUAGAAGAAACCAGAUAGAUUUUGCUUUGACACACACAGGAUCUCCUUAUAUUUUUACAAGAGUAGCACAGCCACACUCCUCUAUUACUGGUGAAGAAGCAAACGUGCCCUGAAGGGGCACAUCCACAUGCUUUCGCCCAGGCACUCUGUUUGAAUGUCAGUCUGAUUGUUGCCAGCAAAUCUUUAUUGAUUUUUAAAAAAUGAUGCAUAUUUUACUACAGUACAGAGUUUAAGUAAAUACGCAAAAUUAAGAGUUAGUGCAUAUGUAUAUAAUAAAAGAAAAAGCAGCAUUGUGAUGCAGCGGAAGAUGGAUUCAUAUUUAAGAGAUCCUUUAAUUUAAGAAGACUUAUGGUGUUCCCUUUUUCAUAUUAAAUAAUCUGCAGAUUGGUGGUUUGAUCAGAAUAUAGAACAUAGCACUGGGUAAAACCACACAGCCUGGAGGAAGAGUUCAUCUUCACAAUCUGCUCUGUGAUGUUCCCUCCUCCUUGUCAGUAGAACUAAAGCCAUAAUCCUUACUCUGCCUAUCUUCUGCCAUCUACUGUACACUUCAUUCUACAAGUAAAACCUAUGAUGUACCAUUCUACAAGCCUCUAGUGGAUUCAAGGGCAGUUUAGUGUAAAGUCAGAAUUCAGCCCCAAGCAACAGUGGAGUAAAUGCAGCAGAAUCCAGUGCAAACAGAUAAGAGGUUUUGAGAAGGUUUGGGACUGGGCUUUCAAACCCGUUGGGCUACUUAGUCAUCACUAGCUCUUAGGUUUGCUGUCCAGUUCUAGUGGGCAGUUCGCAUCCACCAAAUGCAAGCAACCCUAGUACUAAAAUAGAAUCUUUUAAAUAUAUAGGAUUUGCUGCUGUAGCACACUGAGCAGCCUUGAAAGCUAAAAUGCAGUUUCUGGUUUGCUAGAGCAGUUAGUGGCUCAAGGUUUUCUUCUGAAGACAUGCAUUAUUGUCAUUCGCCACCUACCCACCCACUGCUGUGCCCCAGCUCAGCACAUCCUUAAUGUUGUUAUUGCCAUCAGAUAUUGUGGUGUUUGGAUUCAGCAGAGAAGUACUUCACAGGGCAGAUCAUUCUUCUCUGAGCAGACGAUGGAGAGUUGUCGUCACCUAAAUAAACAGUGGCAAAUGCAACAUGCUACUGAAUAGAGAAAAAGAAACCAGCAAAAGUUUACUUGCCUGCCCCCUUUCUCCUUUAGCAAGAUGUGCGUGGUUUGAAUUUUCAGACUAGAUGAAUGUGACUUUUUCUCCUUGAGAUCACUAUGCCAUGAGAAAGCUCAAGUGGAUAAAGGGUGUGGGGUUGUUUUUUUAAAAAUGUAGAAUAUUGAUUUCAUGGAUUUUGGUAACACAUCAUAGCUAUCAUCAAAUGAUUCCAAGUUCUUUCAGUCAGCAGCAAAAAGUUCAACUAAUAAGACUUUUCCAGGUUCCCUCUGAAAAUCAUCAGUGGGAUUCAUGCAAGGUGCAGCUGAGGAAGUACCAUGAGAUACAGAUCAUUGUCUUUAAACCAUCUAGCUGUGUUGAGUCUGCUAGUUGUUGAUUCUGUGUCUUAUUCAGCAUUGAAUGGAUUGCUAUCAAAGCUAUCAUUUAGCUGUUUUCUUCUGUGAGAAAUUGUUGGGGGGAAUGCAGAGCUUUUUAAAAUUUAGUAUGGUGUCCUAAUCCUGUCUGUCAAAUUUGGCUUGUCAAAAAUCUCAGAGUCAAUGAUGUGUGUUUUAUUGUCACAGGUAUAAACACGGGACCUGCAACUUUGCAUUUCAUAGCAACCAAUCAGACAUGCUAUGUUAACAUCUAGCUUAUUGAGCUUUUCAGAAAUGGUCAGGGCACAGGGCUGGCAUGAUUUAAAUUUCAUUCCCUAUAGCAUUCGGUGCCAUAGACUUUCCCCACACGUGUCUCCCCACCUUGCUGUGAUGUGUCUCAUGUCCAUCCACAGUUGCAUAUAUUUGUGAGGAAACUAGCCUUAUAUUUCCCAUUUGUUGUGUUUCAGUAGUAGCCUUUUUAAAAUGGCAUCUUGCCUGAGAUGCUUUUAAGAUUCCCAGGUUCAGCUUCACUUCAGAAAUUACUGGUCAACAUCCAGGAGCAUGCUUAAAGCUAACACUACAGGGAAAGGGGUAAUUUUGUCAAUUUCCCUUUUCUUCUGUAGGCAACUCCCACACAUACGUCCCUGAGGGUCAUGAAGCCUUCAGGGAUGUAUUUUUAGAGAUCACAGUUGGAACGGAACUGUGGUAAGGGAAGGAAUCAUCAGAGGGAAGGGAAGAUCAACUAACCCCUCUGCCUCCAUAAUGCAUGUGCAGUAUCACUGCAUGUGUACUUUGUUAGUCUGGAUGUCAGCCACUGUGUUUGAAAAUCCCUGGAGUCCUUUGGCAGUUGAUCUGUACUCCAUCUGAGAAUGAAACAUGAAGAAUACAGCACCUAUAUUGAUAGCCAAAGCACAGAUGUUCAUAAUAGAGGUAAAUGGAAGAAAAUGGUAUCCUCUUAAGUUUUACAUUUUAUAUAAUGUUGAACCAUUUCAUAAGUUAAAAGUACUGUCCUUUGUAAAGAUGCCACCAUCCUAGGAUGCACAAAGACAUAUACAAUUAAUAUAUGAUGAACACUAGAUACUCUUAAUUUCUUUGAUACAAUUGGCUAGUGAAGUGGGGGUUUGCUGCUAUGCAUUGUUCAGUUUCCAUUCAUACAUGAUUGCGUUUCUCCAAGCACUUUUAUAAUCUCUCACUGAAUCCUGACUAAUUUGAUUAGAGGCUCUUUGUGUGUACACACUAUCAGACUAUGUUUUUCCUACAUGAAUGGAUUUUCUUUGACUGAUUCAAACACCUCAUUUAUUAUCCCAUUAAUCUUAUAGCACAUUUCUUUAGGCUCAGUAAUGGUAUUGAGGUUCAUUUAGAAUUAAAACCAUUUUUUUGCUUGUUUACACAUACAAAACCUAUACACAUCACUUUUUCCCCCCAAACACAUUCCUGUUGCAUUUUCCAUGUUUGCUCUCCUGAGUCAGUCUGUCAUUAGGGGGCUUCUUCUAAAUAUUGAUUUGUGUUGUAAUUGUAUGUUCAUAACCUGCAGCAGUCUUGGUUGUGAAAAAGUUACAAAUGACAUUUGUGUGUUAAACUCUCAGGUAUUUGAAAGCAGAAGGAUGUCGUCUUCAUCUGACAAACAUGAAAUGCAAUAAUGUAUUUUGGGCAUGAGCUUCACCACAGAUCCAUCAUGGGCUUUUUUUUUUUUUUUUUUUUUGUAAUGGUGCAACUUGGGUGAUAGACUAGCUUCAGGAUGGUAGCUUAGGGCUUUGAAUGUGGAAAACCAUUGUCUCUCUUCAGCCAGUGAGUUUAAAAAAAGCAAAACAGCAAGCAACAUCUCAAAAUCUCUUUAUGGCCUGUUAAGUAAGAGAGAAAUUGGGAACCCCAAAUCUGGCUUCUUGGGAUUUUCUUAGCCUUAGACCAUUUCACCACAAGUGUGAAAGUUACCUCUGUACAACCUGGGUUCCAUACACGGAUGCCCUGUCUGGAGACCUCAGGAAGUGCAUUUGCCUUGGGUGAACUGCACUGAAAGGCUCGUGACAUUGGUUCAGCCCAGUGCAAUAAGGCCUUGUGCCUGCAGGCUAAUGAGGCACUAGCCUGUUUCUCUCUAAAAGCAUAGCCAUCAGGCUGUUCCUGGAGCAUGGAUCUGGGCUUCUAACCCCUACUCUACAAGAGGGCCUUCAGAGAUCAGAUAUGCUGUACAUUUUUCAACCUUUAAGACCAUGUUGUGCAUUAAGGCAAUUCCACAACUUCUUGUCCUUUCUAUAUUAAAAAAACCCUCUCCCAUCCUGCUAAUAAAUUGUCUCAUAUGAGGAAGCAAUUCACAACCAAAAACCAGUAUUGGUGUUUCACAGCAAUUGUACCUGCCUUUUUAUGUAUGAUGGUUUCAUAUCAUUUAUUUUUUAAAAAGAUAUUUUUAGGGAUUUUUUUUCAUUGUAAUAUUGUACAGUUUUGCAUGGCCUAGAUGUAAUCACUUUUUUGUUGUUUUAGAGUAUAAAAGCUGACAAGUGUGCGUGUGGGGGAAAGAUUCUGCUUUUUGCCUCUUCUCACUCUUCUCUUAUUUUUUGAUUUAUGCCCUCAAUGUUGUAGAGGACAUUGUAAGAGAUUCUCUGCUCCAGAACAAUGAUGUAGAUUCUUUUGCACAGAAAUAUUUAAGGUGGAUCAGUCAAUGAUGUAAUAAAUGACAAGCCACCAAUAUUUUAUGUUGGUAACACUUAAUAUUAACCUACUUUGAUGUAUUGCAAUAAAACAGGGAACUAUUAGAAAUACA